GCGUGGUGUGGGCGUGGCUUCUCUGUGUGUUGAUAAUAGCAACCGCGCGGAGUCUAGUAACAAGUUUAUGAGGAAGAUCACCGUGACUCGAGCUUCUGUUUGGAGUAGGAGGGAAAAUCCUAAAAAAAGUUAGCUCGGUAAAAAUAUGCAUUUUAGUGUUUAGAAAAAGAAUUCCGUGUUGUGGAGGAUGUCUUUAGCCGAGCAGAGCCAGCAGUGGUACCCCACCAGCGUCCAGGUGACGGUGCUUCAGGCGCGUAACUUGCGGGUCAAAGGCAAGAACGGGACGAAUGACGCGUACGCCAUCAUCCAGGUGGCUAAGGACAAGUUUUCCACCGCGGUCGCGGAGAAGUGCGUGGAGCCCGUAUGGAAGGAAGAAGCCACCUUCGACCUGCCGCUCUUCCACCGAGGCAACGCCGACCGCUGCACCCUGUACAUCAUAGUGAUGCACCGCGCCCUGGUGGGCAUGGACAAGCUGCUAGGCCAGGCCGUCAUCAACCUGCUGGACGCGCACGAGGACAAGGCCUGGAAAAAGACCAAUUGGUACAAGCUGUUCGAUAAGAACGGUAAGGCAGACAAGGAGAGAGGCGAGGUUCUACUGGACAUCCAGUUCAUGAGGAACAACAUGACAGCCAGCAUGUUCGAUCUGUCCAUGACCGACAAGCCCAGGUCCCGUUUUUCCAAGCUCAAAGACAAGGUCCGGGGCAAGAAGAAGGACGGGCUCUCUGACUCCGCUUCCGCCAUUGUUCCUGCCUCUGUUAAUCAGGUCCUCACAGACAGCGAGGGGGAAGGAGAGGAAAGAACAGACUCUCCAAAAUUGAAGAAGUCUUCUAAAUUUAAGUCUCUUUUUGGAUCAAAGACAAAUCUCCACAGAGGCGUGUCCCAAUCCAUGUCUACCCUUGGCACGCUGCCUGAGAAGAACAGCUCGCUGAGCAGCAGCCGAUCCUCGGGCCUCAAUGAAGAAUCUGGUGAAGGCAAAACCAAGUUUAAAUUACUGGGCCACAAAAGAAACAGUAGCACUGACAGCAAAAUAUCUUUAGGCCCCUUCUCCCUGCUGAAUCGCUCCAAACAGAGCACUCCUGACCAAAGCAACCUGUGUAUCAACGGCACUCAUGUGUACGCUGAGGAUCAAGAGAACAAGGCAAUUUCCGGUUCCUCCCUCAGCCUGAGUGGCUCUGGCAAGGGUUCCAUAGAAGACCUCCGGAAAUACCACGAGCGAAAUGCAUCUGCGGGCUCCACUGACUCGUUUAAGGGCCUCAGUAUUCCUACCUACAAACCUGACUCGGAGAGGGAAUUCCAAGUCCAACAACGCCCUCAAGAGGACGAAGAUAAGAAGCACAAGAAAACAGAAGGACGCCUGCAGGAGCUUUUGGAUGAGCAGGAGAGAAGGAAGCAGCAAGAGCAAGACGAAAGGCGGCGGAAACUGGAGGAAGACGAAGGGAAGAUGCAAAAGGAACGAGAGCGGAAGCGGCAGGAGGAGGAGGAGCAGCAAAGGAAGAGGCGUGAAGAAGAGGCGAGGAAAGCAGAGGAGCAGAAACGCCAAGAGGAGUCCAGAGUCACCGAGAGACUCAGUUCUCUUUUCGGCCUAGGGCGGAAGAAAGAGGAGCCAAUUUCUCCAGCUGCAGAGAGUCCCAAACAAACGGAAGUAUUAGCCUCCUUAAACCCGUUUGAAGAAAUUCCACUUGGCUCAGACAACCUAAAUCCUUCUAUAGAGGAGAAACCAGCAGACCCACAGGGGGGAACUGCCUUCACUCCGAUGCCACCCUCCAGCGGCUUUCCAGCUCGUACAGCCAAGGUUUCUGCGGUCAAGCCGAGAUUGACCCUCAGUCAGAAGACUGAAACCGAUAAUACUGACUCCCCUGCCCCCCCUGUUCCCUCAGACACCCAGAACUCUGUUCCUGCUUCAAAUUUUUCCCCUGAAGAGUCACCUAGUGAUCCUUUCGAAUCUUUCGAUAUGUUUUCUAACCUCCACUCUUCUAUGGCACCUCCGAAACCCCAAAGAACCUUUUCAGAUUCGCCUAGAGGCAGCAUGGAGAACCUUUCAGGAGUUAAUAGCAGCACUAGCUUGUCUGAGGAAAAGAGCAGAGCCCUGCAGCCACCCAGCUAUAAUUGGGAUUCAUCCAGAAAUGUAAAACACCAGUCACCAGACUCCGAGAAAAGUCAAAGGCCUUCUAUUCCUCUUCCUGACUAUGAAGCACUUUUUCCCAAGAAGAGACAUGGUGUAAUGACCGACACCCGUUGGGAACACAUCAUUGCUGAAGUGAAUCAGAGAAAGAUGACUCUUCAGGAUGAAAAGGAAAUGUCUGUAGAUGGUCCUGAUGAGCCUGUUUCCAAUAAAGCUUCGAUUUUAAAGGAAAGGAAUACAUCAAGCUCUGACCCGCAUCACAGCGAUCGUCAGCUCGUGUCCUCUGCCUCCAAGAAGGGGCAGGCACCUAAACAGCCUCUUGUUCCUCCCAAGCCAGCUAAUUUGACCGCAUCAAAACGGCAGCUUGAGCCUUUUUCCGAACAAAACCGUUCCCAUGAAAGAUUAGAUUCUCUGCAUGGUGGAAAGACCCCAAAUUUAAUGUCCAUUCCUGACCCUGUUCUUAGUCAAAUUCCAGAGCCAAAAAAAGAAAAACCAGCCCCCAUAGCCAGGAGUAUAAAAAAGCCAUCCGAUCAAAGCAGUGAUGAUACUACAGUAUUGCCUUUAGCCAAGCCUAGGCAAGGAGCUCUAAAUAAAGAACCUGCCAGGCAAGUUCAACCAGAGCAAACUGUGCUUGCUUUUGCAUCUCCAGCAGGUUCUCAAGAAGAAAGAAAAAGUGGUUCAAUGAUUCCUAAGAAUUCCUGUGAGAAUGUGAGCUUUGAGGAAAGAAAGUCUAUACCUGUAAAUAAAUCUGGUAACAUACCAAAUGAACAAGCAUUGGCAAAAAGUGCUUCUCAGAAAAGAGAGACUGAAUUCAACCCUUUCCCAAGUGAUGAACUAAUCCCUAAAGAUCCCUGGGCUUUACCACAACAGACCAUGGAUCAAGAUGACCUUUUCACUGGUGGACUGAAAAAUCCACAAAAGCCUGAAGAGGAGCGCUUUUCAGAUGACUUUGAUAACAUAUUUGGAUCUGCUCCAUUGAAAAAUGAUCCAUUCUUCGUACCCAAAAAUUUCCACGAAUCCGUGUCCUCUAAAAAUGACACGGAUUUGAAAAAAUCGCAUAACUCUAGGCCUUCAUCCGAGAAGGUGUAUUCACAGAAGAAAAAACUAGCACCUCCGCCUCCUGGGAAGCCUGUAAUAGGACAAGAUAUUAUUGAUGGACCAGUCCUUCAAGAGGCUAAUGAUCAUUAUGCUGCAUCAAAAGCACAUUUGGACCCAUUUGCAUCCCUGUCUUCAGCUAGUCCCGAACUCCAGUCUGGAAGUGUGUCUGGGGGCAAAAGCACACUCUUUGCCAGGGUAUUUCCCUCUGAGGUUCAGUCAGGCACUUCACAAAGCAGUGGAGGUGGUGGGGUAUUGACCUCUCGCAGACCACAUCCAGUGAAACCUAUGAGUCCUUAUGAAAUCCAGUCUCCUGGUACGAUUUCCACCGGAAAAGAUUUCAAAAUUCAAACCAUUCGGGAAGUGGCUGAAAAAUCAAAGCCUGUAGAGUGUGGCGCCUACACCCAGCUCACUCAGGAAGAGCUGAUCACCCUGGUGGUGAAGCAGCAAACCGAGCUAUCCAAAAAGGACGAGAAGAUCCUUGAGCUGGAAGACUACAUUGAUAAUCUGCUGGUGCGUGUCAUCGAUGAGAAACCCAGCAUCCUUUCGGCCUUGAACUCCAAGGCUUAGGGGAAGAAGUAAUUCACCAUGACACUACGAAGUGGAAUAGAACUGAACGUUGUCUAUAACGUAGUUUAAAGAAAAUGUGACAUGAGCUUCCGAGGAACCAAACCUUCCAAGAUGGGGCUUUUGUUCUAGACUUUUUAGCUUGGUUGCACUUCUUCUGACAGAUGAAAGAAGAUUGGACGACUGUUCCUCUGGACUAAUAUGUGUUGAUCUGUUAAUAUUAGUCUCAAGUUGAGACCAAAAAGAAGGGGCUAUUCAUAAAACGGUGACAUGAAGGAUGAGCAAUUUUAUGCUGGAAUUAUUUCUUAAUGUGUUUUAAUGCUCUACGAGUGAAUCUUUAAUAAUGGACAGAGGAGAAAUGUGAUUGGAUGCUUCAUAACAUUGCAUUCAACUAUGGAAUCAUUCAUAUUUUAUCACUGGUUCGGUGUCUGGAACCAACCCAGUCCAAUAUCCAUGUGAUGAAAUAUGUCUAUUAUUUGCAUUUUCUCGCCCCUCACAUCACAUGACUAACACUGGAAUUUCCCCAGAUUAUCGUACCUUCACCCCCGACCAAGCUAUAGGUUGUACUCGUUCUUGUCAGCUGAAGAUUCGUGAAGAUUCAGCUGAAGAACGUACACGGAGGAAUUUUCCAAUUACCGUUGCGUCUUCAUUCGUUCUUUAAGAUAAUAUCAUUAAUCGUUAUUUAUUGUCUUUGCUGCUGUCUUCAGUCUUAAUGCUCAUAUAAGGAAAGAGAAUUUUCCACUAUCUACAUCUCUAGUGUUAAGAUAUUUAUUUUUCUAACUAUAUAGUGAAGAAAAUUGACUUCAUCCUGUACGAAUACUCAAAUCCUCAGGCCACCGUCUGGUACCAUGACCUCAUUGCUAUAUAACACUCAAGUCUAUGAUUCAGUGUGACCUAAUCAGGAGUUGGUUAUAGUGGUGUUUCAGCAAUUCUUUGAUUCUUUCGAGCUCAACCGCAAUAAGACGAUCAUUUAUUUUGUAUACCUGUGCCUUCUUGUGUCCUUUAUGUGUAACAGAUUUCUUUCUACACUACAUUCCUAUGAUCAAAUAUAUUUUGGAUAAAGUAUGUAUGAUGUUUAAUAGAUCCUUUUUUAUGUUUAUUGCAUCAACAGUUGAUAAAUGUACAUUUUAUUCUGCUCUAUAAAAGUGAUUAAAAUUAUUUAUACCACAUGA